UCAGUUGUGUGAGGACUUGUGCACGCGCGGCCAUGUUGACUGAAGUCUGACGAGACAAAGGGACAGUGUUCAUGAGAGCUACAGCAACAAGGAGUUUCCUAGCACAGAAGCGGAUACUUACGUUUAAGAGAUCAACGAAGAUUUAAAUCCUUGAGGUUAAAAAGGUGGAGUACAGCAGAAUCCAGAUUUUUCUUCACCGAGGUGCUCAAAGAGACGACAAUCCGGAGAGAAAAGAAGCAGCUAACGAAUGCAGAAUUGAAGUAAUUCUGUAUUGUCUUUCCGGAUUCAAUAUACUGCCAUUAGGUUCACUAGGGACAUAUUUCUAUAACAUUGCUCAUAAAGAUAAAGAAACACCAAAAAACUUUGUAGAUCAUAACCUGAAAUGAACAUUUCUGAAUUUCAUACACUCUUCAGCACUUGGAUCUGAAAACAAUAUCAAAGGUAGUGAACCUCAGAGAAAGACAAAAUACUGGAAUUUAAUUGAAGAUAGAAGUAGACAUUUUACAAAAUCUUCUGGGUUAACAAAAGUGACAAAGAAAGAUAGCAUAUUUGUGCUUUUACAUACAAAAGUCCAAAGGCUCGAUUUGAAUGAUUUCAAAAAUACACACUUGCUAAUCGUGUAUUUUAAUAGCGGCAGCAGGUUAUAUUUAUUCUUAUAAAUACUAUUUUCUCCUCUUUUGGGAGAGUUUUCAUAAACUAUUUUCAUACGUCAACACCUCUUAUUUUCAAGAGGUCUGCACGUACAAGUGAGAGUAGUACACACGACUGUUUACACAGUAGGGUAUUGAGUUUGACAGAAGCAGUGACGGAACAGGAGAUUAGCGAAAGCAUCCUAGAAGAGAAAUCUUCAAGACACCAACGACUCGGAGAAGUUAUUCCUAUAGCAAUGGCCACUGCAAGGACGCAGAUCCCCACCUCGGUCAUGGGAGUCACCAAGCAGAAUGGGCAGGCAAGGUCAGCGGACCUCCAGUCGGGAUCACACCCAGCAACAGUGUUCAGUGCCUCCAAGAAAGGAAGCAGUAUACCACACACCAGUGGUGGCAUCAGAUUUGGAGAUGACUGGAAGAAGUCCCUGCAACUCCCACAAAAAGAUAUGAGAGUGAAAACCUCAGAUGUGACCGCAACCAAGGGCAAUGAGUUUGAAGACUAUUGCCUUAAACGUGAAUUGUUAAUGGGCAUCUUCGAAAUGGGUUGGGAGAAGCCAUCUCCUAUUCAGGAGGAGAGCAUUCCUAUUGCCCUAUCAGGAAGGGACAUUCUAGCCCGGGCCAAAAAUGGCACAGGGAAGAGCGGAGCCUACCUCAUCCCUCUCCUGGAGAGGAUUGACCUAAAAAAGGAUCAUAUUCAAGCCAUAGUAAUGGUGCCAACUCGUGAAUUGGCUCUGCAGGUGAGCCAAAUCUGUAUCAACAUGAGCAGGCACAUGGGGGGAGUGAAGGUCAUGGCCACUACUGGUGGAACCAAUCUAAAAGAUGACAUCAUGCGCCUGGAUGAGACAGUACAUGUGGUGAUAGCCACACCAGGCAGGCUGCUGGACCUUAUGAAGAAAGGUGUGGCCAAAGCUGACAAAGUCCACAUGAUGGUGAUGGAUGAGGCAGACAAGUUGCUCUCUCAAGACUUUGUCAUCCUCAUUGAGGAUAUAAUUGGAUUUUUGGACAAGAAUCGUCAGAUUUUGCUUUAUUCUGCCACCUUCCCUAUCACUGUACAAAAAUUCAUGUCAAAAUACCAAAGAAAGCCCUACGAGAUAAACCUGAUGGAUGAGCUGACUCUGAAGGGCAUCACUCAGUACUAUGCAUAUGUAACGGAGAGACAGAAAGUGCACUGCCUCAACACGCUUUUCUCCAGGCUCCAGAUCAACCAGUCUAUAAUCUUCUGUAACUCAACUCAGAGGGUGGAGCUUUUGGCUAAGAAGAUCACACAGUUGGGCUACUCUUGUUUUUACAUCCAUGCAAAAAUGAUGCAGGAAUACAGAAAUCGUGUGUUCCAUGACUUCAGAAAUGGUCUGUGUAGAAACCUGGUUUGCACAGAUCUUUUCACAAGAGGAAUUGACAUUCAGGCUGUCAAUGUGGUCAUCAACUUUGACUUUCCCAGAAAUGCAGAGACCUAUCUACACCGCAUUGGUAGAUCAGGCAGGUAUGGGCACCUGGGUCUGGCCAUUAAUCUGAUCACUUCAGAUGAUCGUUUCAAUCUGAAGACCAUUGAGGAUCAGCUAGUGACUGACAUUAAGCCAAUUCCCGGCAGCAUUGAUAAGAGCCUAUAUGUGGCAGAGUUCCACUCCAUCAAUCACGAGGAAGAGGAAGAGAAGGAGGAUGCACUCAGUGCACCGUAAUUGAUUCUCCGCUGGAGAAUAGAUGGAUGGUGCUUGGCAUUUUGCACUUCUUCUGUUGAACAUGGGCACAAGAGUGAAGUCCACUUUACAUCAUUUGUCCUUUUUUUUUCUUUUUUUUCUUUCUUUUUUUUAUGCAAAUAUGUCAUUUCCACUGUUGCACUGGCUCUGCAAAGCUGUCCGACUCCUAACUGUUAAAUACCACCCUGCGUGUUACUAGCACUGCUCUAAAAGAAUGUUUUUGUUUUGUUGUUUUUUUGUUUUGUUUUGUUUUAAACAUUACCAUUUCCCAAAUAUGCUAAAUUUGCCUGACACUGUUUUGUUUUGUUACCAAAUAUGAAUGGGUACUAAAUAAGAAUAGUUCAGUAUGGUCAUGUGUAAAACCUACCUCGGCAACCCUGCCCCAUUUUUAAAAAAAAGUGCUAGUAUAGUUGAAAGUGAUUUGUAUAGUUCCCUGUGAUCUUACAUGAGCACUUGCUUACACAGUUAUGCAUAACCUAAGUGCCUUUAGUGCUUUAUGAACACUCAAUGAGACCCCUGGUUCAGGAUUAAGUGGCCUGAAUAUAUUUUUUUAAAAAGCACAAAAUGAAUCAGGUUUUUUGAAUUUGACUUUUUUUUUUUUUUUAAACAUGGCAUGCAUUCCUGUAAGACUUUAUUGCAUGUCUGAGCCAGCUUGUAUUUUACCAGUUUACCCAGUGGAGGUUUUUUUUGCUUUCCUUCAUCUGUUUUGAUGUAAUGAUAGAUUAAUACGAACAAGUGCUUCUGUUAAAAAAAAAAAAAAUGUAAAAAAAGCACUCUGUGUGUAGUUCUCAAAGAUGUAUGAUGCCAGUCUGAGCCAAUUCAAGCCUGCUUUUUCCUCAUUUGUGUUUAAAUUUUACCAUCUUUGGUGCAUUGUGAGUAGAAGUUAUGCUUUUACUGAUGUGUAAAAGGGAGACUCUCCAAAGCUUUCGUUCCAGAUGUCAGUGCCAGCAUCUACACUCCAUUUUCUUUGAAGAGAAAUAAAAUAUCCAGCAUAUUUUCCCAUA